AGGAGCACGGGCGGCCCGGCGGCGGCGCGAUGCCGCUCGCCCAGCUCAAGGAGCCCUGGCCGCUCAUGGAGCUGGUGCCGCUGGACCCGGAGAAUGGACACACCUCAGUGGAAGAAGCUGGACUUCAGCCGUCCAAGGAUGAGGGCAUCCUCAAGGAGAUCUCCAUCACACACCAUGUCAAGGCUGGCUCCGAGAAGGCUGAUCCUUCCCAGUUUGAGCUCCUCAAAGUUCUGGGUCAGGGAUCCUUUGGCAAAGUCUUUCUGGUGCGCAAGGUCACCCGGCCUGACAGCGGGCACUUGUAUGCCAUGAAAGUGCUCAAGAAGGCGACGUUGAAAGUGCGUGACCGUGUUCGGACCAAGAUGGAGAGGGACAUCCUGGCUGAUGUGAACCACCCGUUUGUGGUGAAGCUGCAUUAUGCCUUCCAGACCGAAGGCAAGCUCUACCUUAUUCUGGACUUCCUGCGAGGUGGUGACCUCUUCACACGACUGUCAAAGGAGGUUAUGUUUACAGAGGAGGAUGUGAAGUUUUACCUGGCUGAGCUGGCUCUGGGCCUGGACCACCUGCACAGCCUGGGCAUCAUUUACAGAGACCUCAAGCCGGAAAACAUCCUUCUGGACGAGGAGGGCCACAUCAAACUCACUGACUUUGGCCUAAGCAAAGAGGCCAUCGACCAUGAGAAGAAGGCCUACUCUUUCUGCGGUACAGUGGAGUACAUGGCCCCCGAGGUGGUCAACCGACAGGGCCAUACCCACAGUGCGGAUUGGUGGUCCUAUGGGGUGCUGAUGUUCGAGAUGCUGACAGGCUCCCUGCCCUUCCAGGGGAAGGACCGGAAGGAGACCAUGACCUUGAUUUUGAAGGCAAAGCUAGGCAUGCCCCAGUUUCUGAGCACAGAAGCCCAGAGCCUUCUGCGGGCCUUGUUCAAGAGGAAUCCUGCCAACCGGCUUGGCUCUGGCCCUGACGGGGCAGAGGAGAUCAAGAGACAUGUCUUCUACUCCACCAUUGACUGGAAUAAGCUUUACCGUCGUGAGAUCAAGCCACCCUUUAAGCCAGCCGUGGCCCAGCCUGAUGACACCUUCUACUUUGACACUGAAUUCACAUCGCGCACGCCCAGGGAUUCUCCAGGUGUCCCCCCAAGCGCUGGUGCCCACCAGCUGUUCCGUGGCUUCAGCUUCGUGGCCACUGGUCUGAUGGAGGACGAUGGCAAACCUCGGGCCACUCAGGCCCCGCUGCACUCGGUGGUACAGCAACUUCAUGGGAAGAACCUACUCUUUAGUGAUGGCUAUGUAGUGAAGGAGACAAUCGGCGUGGGCUCCUACUCUGUAUGCAAGCGCUGUGUCCACAAGGCCACCAACAUGGAAUAUGCCGUCAAGGUCAUUGACAAGAGCAAACGGGAUCCCUCAGAAGAGAUCGAGAUUCUCCUGCGGUAUGGGCAACACCCCAACAUCAUCACCCUGAAAGAUGUGUAUGAUGAUGGGAAACACGUGUACCUGGUCACGGAGCUGAUGCGUGGUGGGGAGCUGCUGGACAAGAUCCUGCGGCAGAAGUUCUUCUCAGAGCGGGAGGCCAGCUUCGUCCUUCACACGAUCGGCAAGACUGUGGAGUACCUGCACUCCCAGGGGGUCGUGCACCGGGACCUCAAGCCCAGCAACAUUCUGUACGUGGACGAGUCAGGGAACCCCGAGUGCCUGCGCAUCUGCGACUUCGGCUUCGCCAAGCAGCUACGGGCCGAGAAUGGGCUCCUCAUGACACCUUGUUACACCGCCAACUUCGUGGCACCUGAGGUGCUAAAGCGCCAGGGCUAUGACGAGGGCUGCGACAUCUGGAGCCUGGGCAUUCUGCUUUACACCAUGUUGGCAGGAUACACUCCAUUUGCCAACGGGCCCAGUGACACGCCGGAGGAAAUACUGACCCGGAUUGGCAGUGGGAAGUUUACCCUCAGUGGGGGAAACUGGAACACAGUUUCAGAGACAGCCAAGGACCUGGUGUCCAAGAUGCUACACGUGGACCCCCACCAGCGCCUCACAGCUAAGCAGGUGCUGCAGCACCCAUGGAUCACCCAGAAAGACAAGCUUCCCCAGAGCCAGCUGUCCCAUCAAGACCUCCAGCUUGUAAAGGGAGCCAUGGCAGCCACAUACUCUGCAAUCAACAGCUCCAAGCCCACUCCCCAGCUCAAGCCAAUUGAAUCAUCUAUCUUGGCCCAGCGGCGGGUGAGGAAGCUGCCGUCCACCACCCUGUGAACCAAAGGGAAGACAAUCUUGAUGGAGGCAGCAUCCUUCCCGCAGGAAGCAGGCCUGAGUCAUGGGACCAGAGUGAGCUGAGGUCCCAAGGGAGCCGGGAAGCAGCCAGCCUGGAUCACCCCAGCAAGGGUGUGAAGUGCCUUCUCCUUCCCCAGGACGGACUCGCAGCAGCUCAAGCUCUGCUGGGUGAAAUCCAUGCACUGUACAAACUUCCUUUUCUAAGGAAAAACAUGGCUUCACCCACCAUGGAUUUUAACAAGAUCCACCUGCCUUUCUGGGCACAGAACUAGCCAGUACAGUCCCAGAGGGGCGCUGAAUCACACUGCAGCUCUGUGUGGCCAAGGAUCCCUUUGAGCAGCUUCGAAGCCCCCUGCCUUGGGGACCCCCACAAUUGGCCAUCUGGAGCUUUCUUCACAUGCCUCCAGUGUCCUCUCAAAGCCGCUGUGCCGUUCUAUCCUACUGGGGUUCUACAACCACUUUCUGCUAGAGCCAAGGACGCCACCUCGCCGGCUCUGCUCCAGGCACCAGCAUCCACGUUGCCCACCAGUGGGCCCCCGCAGUCAGGUCGGGUAGCCCCAGGGAGAGGACGCAGAGAGCACUUUUUUUGGCAGAUUUCCUGUCUGCCGCAGGACAGAGUUCACAAGAGGCUAGCGGGGCGGACCACGGGGGAUGAGGAUGUUUUCAUUUCUUCCUCAGCUGGUAACUCAGGGUUCAUCUGCCCAUGGCCUUUCUAAUAAACUUAGGAUCCAGUCGAAGCACA